UUCUGAAACCGUGACAUGUAUUAGCAACUUGCUGGCUAAAUUGUCAGUGGGGAGGAAUUGGAUCUAGGACUUCAAAACUCUGGGGAGCCUUUUGAGACGGCAGCUGAACAGAAAUAAAUUUUCUUUCCCCCUGGAACGCAACUGCUGCUGACAAGACUGCAGGCUUUAGACUACUGCUAUGUGGGUCAAAUCGAUGAGGAUUCCUAAGGUGGAGAAGCAGAAAAGGAGCAGGCAGCCAUGUUUAAUUCCGCCUGGAGGGGGAGAAGACGGAGGAGAGGAAAGCUGCGUGGAAGAACUAGAUGCAGGUGAAGAGAAGCUUUUGAACCUCUUCCCUUCCAAAUAAAGCGCCAUUGCUGCCUGCCUCGCAGAUCUGCGCACCCAGCCCGAAGCCUGAGGACGCGGACGACCAGUUGGCAACCACCAAAGGCUCCCAGCGCUGGCCUCGAUCAUGGCACCAUCCGCUUGGAUUCCUGCCUUGAGCAUCUUCUUGGCUUUUCAAGGUUCUCAAGGCGGAGUCCACCAGCGGCAGUUGCUGAAGGAGUUGAUGGAGGACUAUACCCCUCUGGAAAGGCCCGUAGGGGAUGAUGCUCAACCCAUCACGGUCCACUUUACGCUGAGUCUGAUGCAGAUUAUGGAUGUGGAUGAAAAGAACCAGGUUCUGACUACCAACGUCUGGCUGCAAAUGUAUUGGUAUGAUCAUUAUCUGCGGUGGAAUGAAACGGAAUAUCCCGGUGUGAAGACGCUGCGGUUCUCGGCCGACCAGGUCUGGACACCUGACAUCCUCUUGUACAACAGUGCAAACGAAGAGUUUGACUCCACUCUGCACACCCACGUCUUGGUCAACUCGAGUGGCUACUGCCAGUGGCUACCCCCAGGUAUCUUGAAGAGCACGUGCCAAAUUGACGUCCGCUGGUUCCCCUUUGACACCCAGAAGUGUGACCUCAAAUUCGGCUCUUGGACUUACGACGGCUGGCUCCUGGACCUGCGGAUGCUGGAGACCGAUACAUCUGGCUACAUUGCCAAUGGCGAGUGGGACCUUGUUGGUGUUCCAGGCAGCCAGAAUAAAGUCUUCUACGAGUGUUGCCGGGAGCCCUACCUAGACGUCACCUUUGCCGUGACCAUGCGCCGCCGGACGCUGUACUACGCCCUCAACAUGCUGGUGCCUUGCUUGCUCCUCUCGGCCAUGACUUUCCUGGUCUUCCUCUUGCCGGCUGACUCGGGCGAGAAGAUCUCUCUCGGCAUCACUGUUCUUCUCUCGCUCACCGUUUUCAUGCUGCUCGUUGCUGAGGUGAUGCCGGCGACAUCGGACUCCAUCCCCCUCAUAGGGCAAUACUUUGCCACCACCAUGGGCAUGGUGGGCCUCUCGGUGGUUGCCACCGUCUUUGUCCUCCAGUACCACCACCACGACCCGGACGGCGGCUGCAUGCCAAAAUGGGUGCAGGUGGUGGUGCUGCGUUGGGGCGCCUGGCUGCUGCGCAUGCGUCAGCCCGGGGAAGAGCCGGUGGGGCGGCCACGCUGUGCCCCCAGCCUGUUGAGCUGCAGCUCCGACAACAGUGAAGGCCGCCGCAGCACGCCGACCCAGCAGGCCCCUCCGGUCGCCAACGGCAACCUGGCCUACAUGGCCGCCCCAACCGGGCCGCUCCCCAGCAAGCCCCCAGAAGUGCCGCGCCCCUUCCUCCCGUCCCCAGAGCCACAGGCCUCCACCCCCGAGGAACUGCUGGCCACCCCCGAGCUGGGCCACAUCUUGGAGGAACUGCGCUACGUGGCUCAAUGUUUCCGGGGCCGAGACGCCGCUCAGGCCGCCUGCAGCCAGUGGAAGUUUGCCGCGGCCGUUGUCGACCGGCUCUGCUUGGUCACCUUUGCCCUCGUCCACAUUGUCUGCUCCAUCGGCAUCCUCAUGGCCGCGCCCAACUUUGCCGAGGCCAUCACCAAGGAUUUCCUGUGACAGUCCGGAGGCGGACUCCCCUGAAGCACAAAGGCCGGCUGGGCUGAGGCCUCGUCUCUGGUGCCCCUCUCCAGCAACAGCAUGGGGCUCCCCCCCAAAUGGCUUCCCACCCACCCCAGCAAGAGGCGGGGCAUUUCCAAAAUAGCCUCUCGCUCCCGUCACAGGAUGGGUGUUGCUAGAGACUUCUUGCGAGGCCUAACGGGACAGGCUUCGUCGAGGGUGAAUGCGAUCCGUGAAUCCCCAGGCGGUACUCUGGAUGGCAGGAUGGUCCGCUUUUCUCCCCCAUUCUGACGGUUCUCUUGAUGCCACUGCCAAAGACUUGAAAAUUCACCGCUCCAAUUUAUUUAUUUAUUUUUUGCCACCAACCUAUGUCACUUUGAGCCACUUUCAAACUCGAUGGGUUCCCAAAACCGCCUGGAACCUUGCAAGUGUUUAAAGGAGUUGGGGAGUUGUGUGGGUUCCAGUUGUAGGGAAGGAAGUUCUUGAAAAAUUCAAAUGCUCCCAUCUCUGAAUUGUGACCAGGGAUUUAAGUCCCACCUCAGUCUUGGUCAAUGCCUCAGUUCCCUCGGUCUGUAAAAUGGGCGAAACAUACUUUCUUUCGCAGGGUUGCUGUGAGGGCAAAAUGCAAUAAAGUUUCUAAAGCACUUUGCAAAUGCAAAUGUAUAGUGCUUAGAUGUACUGUA